AUGAGCCGCGACCCACACGUGGCGAUUCUGGGCGGCGGGAUGGCGGGGCUGAUGUGCGCGCUGGGGCUGGCGGAACGCGGCAUCCGCAGCACCGUGUUCGACACUGGCAAGCACGGGUUGGGUGGGCGGAUGGCCACUCGGGAGGUGGAAGUUGCUGGGAAGCUGCGCCUGUUUGACCACGCAGCACAGUUCUUCACCGUCACAGAUGACCGCUUCCAAUCAUACGUUGACAGGUGGCUCAAGGAAGGCGCCCUGCGGGUGUGGGAGGAGGGGCGCAUCGGCACGCUGCAGGCAGGAGGGGCGUUCUCACCACUGCUGGGUGGUGGUGACAGCAGUAGCAGCAGUGGCGGUGGAGAGGCACGGAGGCUCGUUAGCCCCAAUGGGAUGCGGGCGUUCUGCGAGCACGUGAUUGCGGAUAAGGUGAGUGCGUGGCGUGGUGGGAGUGGGGCUGCCGGUGUGGGUAGACAGGUGACGGCUUUUUUCAUCACCCUCCUCUCUCGGUGUUCUCCCCUCAUCUCCCCUCCCAUCAUUCCCUGUUCACAGGUGAGGGAGGGCGUGGUGGGGGUGGAGCGGCCGGUGUGGAUAGGCAAGAUGAGGGCGAGGGGGGGCAAGUGGGUGCUGGAGGAGACAGGGCGCAAGGCAGGGGAGUUUGACUUCGUUGUCAUUGCACACAACGGAAAGUGCGCCAACCGUCUCCUCGCUCCCGCGGGGGUCCCAAAGAUUGCGAGACAGAUGAAGCGCCUCGAGCUGAGCUCCAUCUGGGCGUCUCUCAUCGCCUUUGAGACGCCUCUGCUGGCCAAUGGCAGCGCGCCACGUGGGCACUUUGAUGCCGCAUUCGUGGAGGGAGUGCCAGCUGUCGCGUGGAUGUGCAACAACUCCGCCAAGCUGGGGGGAGAGGGGGGCGCAGGGAGAGGGGACGGUGGGGAGGGAUCGGGUGCGGUACGGAGGGGUGGAGAGGGCGUGGAGUGCUGGACGGUGUUCAGCAGUGCGGCGUAUGGCAAGCGCAACAAAGUGCCCCAGGAGAACAUCCCUUUGGCAAGGGCGGCGAGGGUGAAGGAGGAGAUGCUGGAGGGCGUGGCAGCAGCACUAGGUCGACCCACGGACUCGCUGCCUGCCGUGCUCUUCCACAAGAUCCAGCUCUGGGGAGCGGCACUGCCACUGAACGCCCCAAAAACAGCAGCAGGAGGCAGCGUGGAGUGCAUAAUGGACGCCUCUACUCGCGUGGGGCUGUGUGGCGACUGGCUGCUCGCCCCCUCCGUGCAGGCUGCAGCCAUCAGCGGCCUUGCUAUGGCUGAUAAGAUCGCAGCGUUCCACGAGGAUGCAGCAGCCAGUGACCCAGCCCUCUUUUCCGUGGGCCUUGAUGCUUCCUUUGCAGCGGUGGAGGACGCACAUGAUAUCGGUGCUUUCCCUGAUGCCACGCUUUCUGACUCGAAUGGCAAGAGAGAUGUUGUUGUGGCACAGGGGGUGCAAGUGGUUGCAUAA